AACCCACUUGCUUGUUAACUCUCUCACAUCCCACAUCACUUUUUCCAGUAUAUUACAAUAAUAAUUAUAUACUUAUUUAUUUUUUAAAGAUGGCUCUCUGCAAAUAUCACCUAACCCCGGAAAAACUGGAUGAAAAGUUUGACAAGGCGGUAGAGAGAAUAAUAUGGGUAAUUUCCCAGCUGACCAACAAGGACUUGAUUAUGCCCAUAUGGACUCGCUGGCUUCAGAUAUUCAAGCAGUCAUCAAAAGAAGAGAAGUUUUCUCGCAAUUACAUGUUGCUUGAAUUGAACAAACAGCUCCAUGAUGAUAAAACCUUAGGCUUCCCAUUUACUGAGGACCAAAAUUGCAAUAUCGAUUUGUCCACACUUCAUCAGAUGAUGGUGGAGAAGCGCCGUUCUAAGCCAGAAAGCAGCGUGAAUAAUGGAGAUGACAACCAGACCUAUAAUAGCGAUGAUUCGGAUUCUAUGGCCACAAUAUGCACAUCCAAUCCAAUAACUGGCAGGAUACAUGAUUGCGACGAGACUGAGAAUCGCAGGUUGUUAGAGGAAAUUGAGGCCGUGGCCAUCGAAUUGCAAGAGCAACAAUUGAGACAUGAACUUUUGCAAAAGCGCUAUAAGAAAUAUCAGGAAAUACUUAAAGCUCUAACACGUGAGAACAAGUAUUUGGACAAGCAGCUGGCAUAUAUUAAACAAGUCUUUUCCUGGUCGUCCGUUGCAUCGACCAAAGUACUGAAUACCAACAAGGCUAUGACAGUAACACCUCAAUAUUUCGUUACCCUCUUCAGUGUAUUAUGUGAGACUAGGGAGGAUAUGGCUUGUGUCAAAGCGUUAGAUUACAGAUUUAAGAAAUUGAUAGAUUCCCAUAUCAAUAAUUAUUUACGCAAGAAACGUGGUGUGGUGUUGCAAAAUAUGAGCAAGGAAUAUGAUGUUCUGAAGGCUGCUGUCAGCCAACGAUAUAAGAAAGUUAUGCGCUUGCAGAUAGCUGCCGAAGAAAAGGAACUGUCCUUGAUGGCCAUGCGGUAUCUGGCAUUGUUACGCAUGAUAUUUCUGUCCAGCUAUAAGGGCAGUAAAUCAACAAUAAAAGCAGUUAUAAAAUUUUUCCAUGACCGCAAUAACGAGAUAUCGGUGGAAAUGUGAGUAGCUCACCUGGGUAUGAGACGUUCACAUUGAAGCAUAUGUUCCAAGUUUAAAACUGGAUCUAGAAAAUAAAUAAAACCGUGAAUGUCUGAAUAA